GCUGUCCCGGCCGGGCCCGGUGCGUUCCUCCCCGUGUCGCUGGCGGGGCGGGGUGUCGCGGGGGGCCGGGGACACCGCGGCGCCCGCGGGCCCUGCGUCAGCGCCGGGGCGGCUUCGGGAGGAAGCGGAGCCGAGAGCGGGGCGAUGUCGGAGCUGGAGCGGCUGCGGCGCAGCGACAUCCCCGCGGGCCGGGAGCGGCUGCGGGAGCAGCACGGCAACCUGCUGCGGGUGGCCGACUACUGCCACAGCAACUACCUGCAGGCCGGCGACAAGAGGAAGGCGCUGCAGGAGACGAUGGCUCUGAGCACGCAGUCCCUGGCCAGCGUCACCUACCAGGUGAGCAGCCUGGCCAGCGCCUUCCUGCGCCUGCUGGAGCUGCAGGCGGCCCAGCUGCGCCGCGUGGAGGCCGACAUCGCCUGCGUGGCACAGAGCGUGGACAUCCACAAGGAGAAGGUGGCACGGCGCGAGAUCGGCGCCCUGACCGUCACCAAGAGGCUGCUGAGCCACCAGAAGGUGGUGGCCCCCCCGGAGCCCCCCGUGCUGGAGCCCUACUACAGGAAACCCCUCAGCUUCAGCGUGCUGGACCACAUCGGCCACGGGGUCAAGGUCAGCGCCGGGGGCUGGGCUGGCAUUUCUCUGUCCCCGUGUCCCCUGAGGGGUGCGUGGGUGGCUGAGACCCCUCCUCUGUGGAGAAGGGGGUCUGUCCGUGCCCACUCAGCUUUGGGGGCCUGGCACCCACAGAGCCUUUCCCAGCUGUGGAAAACCCCACAGGAGGGGUUUGGGGUCCUCAGAGCCCCAAAGAUCCUUCCCUACCUCAGAAAACCCCACAGGAGGGGUUUGGGGUCCUCAGAGCCCCAAAGAUCCUUCCCUACCUCAGAAAACCCCACAGGAGGGGUUUGGGGUCCUCAGAGCCCCACGAGCCUUUCCCAGCUUUGGAAACCCCACAGGAGGGGUUUGGGGUCCUCAGAGCCCCAGAGAUCCUUCCCUACCUCAGAAAACCCCACAGGAGGGGUUUGGGAUGCUCAGAGCCCCACGAGCCUUUCCCAGCUCUGGAAAACCCCACAGGAGGGGUUUGGGGUCCUCAGAGCCCCCUGAGCCUUUCCUGGCUCUGAAAGGUGCCCACAAAAGGGUUCGGAGCCUCCCGGCCCCACAGAUCCUCCCCCAGUGCAGAAAUCCCCCGCGGGAGGGUUCGGAGCCUCCCGGCCCCACAGAUCCUCCCCCGCUCCGGAAAUCCCCGCGGUUCCCCCGGAGCCGCUGCCUCGGGGCCGCCCCCGCAGCCCCGGCGCCUUCCGCUGCUCCCCGAGCCCGGGGGGUCACGGGCAGGGGUGUCACCCACGUGUGUCCGUGUGUCCCCGUGUCCGUGUGUCUGUGUGUCCCCGUGUCCUGUGUCCCCGUGUCCUGUGUCCCCGUGUCCCCA